GGACCAGGGGCCUCGGCGGCUGGGUGCGCAGGCGCUCUGGGCGCCGCCGAUUCAAGCAGCCAUGGACGCGUUAGAGUCCUUGUUGGACGAAGUGGCCCUCGAGGGGCUGGAUGGCUUGUGUCUGCCCGCGCUGUGGAGCCGUCUGGAAUCCCGAGUGCCUCCCUUCCCGCUGCCUUUGGAGCCCUACACGCAGGAGUUUCUGUGGCGGGCCCUGGCCACGCACCCGGGCAUCAGCUUCUACGAGGAGCCGCGGGAGCGACCCGACCUCCAGCUCCAGGACCGGUAUGAAGAGAUCGACCUGGAAACUGGGAUUUUGGAGUCCAGGAGGGACCCAGUCCCCUUGGAGGAUGUCUACCCCAUCCACAUGAUCUUGGAGAAUAAAGAUGGCAUCCAGGGCUCAUGCCGGUACUUUAAGGAAAGGAAAAACAUCACCAACAGCAUCAGGACUAAGUGUCUGCAGCCUCGGUGUACCAUGGUGGAGGCCUUCGGCAGGUGGGGCAAGAAACUGAUCAUCGUCGCCUCCCAGGACAUGCGCUACAGGGCCCUGAUCGGCGCAGAGGGGGACCCUGACCUGAAGCUCCCUGACUUCUCCUACUGCAUUCUGGAGCGACUAGGCCGCUCCCGGUGGCAGGGGGAGCUGCAGCGAGACCUUCACAGCACCGCUUUCAAGGUUGAUGCUGGGAAGCUUCAUUAUCAUAGGAAGAUUCUGAAUAAAAACGGGCUCAUUACGAUGCAGUCGCACGUGAUCCGACUACCCACGGGAGCCCAGCAGCACUCGAUCCUCCUCCUCCUGAACCGGUUCCACGUGGACAGGAGGAGCAAGUACGACAUCCUCAUGGAGAAGCUCUCAAUGAUGCUGAGCACGCGGAGCAAGCAGAUCGAGACGCUGGGCAAGCUGCGGGAGGAACUGGGGCUGUGCGAGCGGACAUUCAAGCGUCUCUACCAGUACAUGCUGAACGCCGGGCUGGCCAAGGUGGUGUCCCUUCCCCUACAGGACAUUCACCCUGAGUGUGGCCCCUGUAAGACCAAGAAAGGGACCAACGUCAUGGUUCGGUGCCUUAAACUGCUGAAGGAAUUUAAGCGGAAGGUUGAAGAUGACCAUGAUGACGAUGACGACGAGGAGGCCAUCUCCAAGGGGCUGCCCCCAGUGGACAUCGUGUACGAGCGGGACAUGCUCACGCAGACCUACGAGCUCAUUGAGCGCAGAGGCACCAAAGGCAUUUCCCAGGCCGAGAUCCGAGUGGCCAUGAACGUGGGAAAGCUGGAAGCCAGGAUGCUCUGCCGCCUGCUCCAGAGGUUCAAGGUCGUCAAGGGAUUCAUGGAAGACGAGGGCCGGCAGCGGACGACCAAGUACAUCUCGUGCGUGUUUGCGGAGGAGAGCGACCUGAGCCGGCAGUAUGCCCGGGAGAAGGCCCGCAGCGAGCUGCUGACCACCGUGAGCCUGGCCUCGGUGCCCGAGGAGACACUCCUGCCCGAGGGCGAGGACGCCUUCCUCUCCGAGUCGGACAGCGAGGAGGAGAGCAGCCGCAGCAGCAAGCGCAGGGGCAGGGCCUCCCAGGGCCACCUGAGGUCCUCUGUGGACCUGGGACCAGGCACCCAGCCUCAUCACUCCACGCCAACCAAAGGUGGGUGGAAAGUCCUAAACCUACACCCGUUGAAGAAGCAGCCGUCUUCCUCCGCAGGAGCUGCCGAGGACAGGGCCUGCAGGGGCCCCGCGGGCAGGGACAGCCUGCUGGACUCCAGCAGCAACUCAGACCUCAACGUGUCCUUCGGCUCCCACUGCGUGGAGAGCAACAGCGGCGACAUCGCCGUGAUCGAGGAGGUCCGGCUGGACAACCCCAAGGAGGGCGGCGGUUCCCAGAGGGCCGGCAAGCACGGCACAGGCCAGGACAAGCCGCACAAGACGUACCGGCUCCUGAAGCGCAGGAACCUGAUCAUAGAGGCCGUCACCAACCUCCGCCUCAUCGAGAGCCUGUUCACGAUACAGAAGAUGAUCAUGGACCAGGAGAAGCAGGAGGGCGUGGCCACCAAGUGCUGCAAGAAGUCCAUCGUGCGCUUGGUGCGGAACCUGUCGGAGGAGGGCCUCCUGAGGCUGUACCGCACCACGGUCAUCCAGGACGGCAUCAAGAAGAAGGUGGACCUGGUGGUGCACCCGUCCAUGGACCAGAACGACCCCCUCGUGAGGAGUGCCAUCGAGCAGGUGCGCUUCCGGAUCUCCAACUCCAGCACCGCCAACAGGGUUAGAGUCCCCCAGCCUCCAGCCCCUCCAGAGGAGGCCGAGGAAGAGAGCCCAGGAAAGGAGGGCCCACGCACAUCCGGAGAGUCCGACCUGCCCACGGCCGCGAAGCCAGAGAGCACGCGGGUGAAGAAGACCGAGGAGAAGAUGGGCAUAACCCCGCUUAAAAACUACCACCCCGUCGUAGUUCCGGGCCUUGGGCGUUCCCUGGGGUUCCUGCCCAAAAUGCCCCGCCUGCGGAUGGUCCACAUGUUCCUGUGGUACCUGAUCUACGGCCACCCUGCCAGCCAAGCGGCCGAGCAGCCCGGCGUCGGCGGUGAGAGGAGAAAGCAGGAGCCAGGCAGGGCAGGCCCGCGGCCCUCCUCUGGAAGCGACCUGGAGGCCUCUGAAGGCCCAGCCAAGGACAGCAACGAGAGCGCCCCCUGGGAGGCCGAAAUGGAGCUUCCCACACAGACAGUGUACGUGGACGAGUGCUCCUGGAUGCGCCACAUCCCUCCCAUCCCAGUCCACAGGGACUUUGGCUUUGGCUGGGCGCUUGUCAGUGACAUCCUGCUCUGCCUGCCCCUGUCCAUCUUCGUCCAGAUCGUGCAAGUCAGCUACAAGGUGGACAACCUUGAGGACUUCCUCAACGACCCUCUGAAGAAGCACACGCUGAUCCGCUUCCUCCCCAGGCCCAUCCGGCAGCAGCUCCUGUACAAGAGGCGCUACAUCUUCUCCGUGAUCGAGAACCUGCAGCGGCUGUGCUACAUGGGGCUGCUGCAGUUCGGUCCCACGGAGAAGUUUCAGGACAAAGACCAGGUCUUCGUGUUCCUGAAGAAGAACGCGGUCAUCAUCGACACCACCAUCUGCGACCCCCAUUACAACCUGGCCCACAGCACCCGGCCCUUCGAGAGGCGGCUCUACGUCCUGAACUCCAUGCAGGACGUGGAGAACUACUGGUUCGACCUGCAGUGCGUCUGCCUCAACACCCCGCUAGGUGUGGUGCGCUGCCCGUGCGUCCAAAAGAACAGCCCAGACGCGGGCGGCGACAAGGAGGGCAGCCUACAGAAGGAGCAGGAGAAUGCCAUCGACAGGCACAACCUGGAGCGCAAGUGCGCCAUGCUGGAGUACACCACGGGCAGCCGGGAGGUGGUGGACGAGGGCCUGAUCCCCGGAGACGGGCUGGGGGCCGCGGGGCUCGACUCCAGCUUCUAUGCCCACCUGAAGCGCAACUGGAUCUGGACCAGCUACAUCAUCAACAAGGCCAGAAAGGAGAACAUCAACGCAGAGAACGGGCUCACCGUGAGGCUGCAGACCUUCCUGUCCAAGCGCCCGCUGCCCCUCGGUGCCACAGGUGGUGGCCGGUUGGCUCUCUGGGGAGAAGCGCGGACAGGCACCGAGCUGUGUGCCGACCGGGAGGAGCAGUUUGAGGUGGACCGUGAGCCCACGCUGGGCAGAAGCCGCAGGGUCAGGGGCGGCCGAAGCCAGAAGCGGAAACGGCUGAAGAAGGAGCCUGGGAAGAGAACCAAGAGGAGGAGGAAAGGAGAGGCCCCAGCAGAGAAAAGCAAGCGGCUGCGCUACCACGACGAGGCCGACCAGAGCGCCCUGCGCAGGAUGACCCGGCUGCGCGUGUCCUGGUCCAUGCAGGAGGACGGGCUGCUCAUGCUCUGCCGCAUCGCCAGCAACGUGCUCAACGCCAAGGUGAAGGGCCCGUUUGUCCCCUGGCAGGUCGUGCGGGACAUCUUACACUCAACCUUUGAAGAGUCUUUGGACAAGACGUCGCACUCUGUCGGCCGCCGAGCUCGCUACAUCGUCAGGAACCCCCAGGCCUACCUCAACUACAAGGUCUGCCUGGCCGAGGUGUACCAGGAUAAAGCGCUCGUCGGGGACUUCAUGAGUCGGAAAUGUGACUAUGAGGACCCUAAGGUUUGUGCCAAGGAGUUCAGGGAGUUUGUGGAGAAGCUCCAGGAGAAGUUCAGCUCGGCCCUCAGGAACCCCGGCCUGGAGAUCCCGGACACGCUGCGGGAGCUGUUCGCCAGGUACCGAGUCUUGGCCAUCGGCGAUGAGAAGGACCAGAUCAGGAAGGAAGACGAGCUUAACAGCGUGGACGACAUCCACUUCCUGGUGCUGCAGAACCUGAUCCAGAGCACGCUGUCCCUCUCCAACAGCCAGAUGAAGUCCUGCCAGUCCUUCCAGACCUUCCGCCUGUACCGCGAGUACAAGGAGCAGGUGCUGGUGCGGGCCUUCAUGGAGUGCCAGAAGCGGAGCCUGGUCAACCGGCGGCGCGUCAACCACACGCUCGGCCCCAAGAAGAACCGGGCGCUGCCCUUCGUGCCCAUGUCCUACCAGCUGUCCCAGUCCUACUACAGGCUCUUCACCUGGCGCUUCCCCAGCACCGUCUGCUCCGAGUCCUUCCAGUUCUAUGAGAGGUUGCGGGCGGCCGGCAAGCGGGACCAGCCCGACCACUUCUCCUUCAAAGACCAGGACAGCAGCGACCCCCCGAGUGACAUGGUGGCAUUUUCUUUGGACGGCCCUGGGGGACACUGUGUGACCGCCCUGAUCCUCUUUUCCCUGGGCCUGGUGUCCGUGGACGUCAGGAUCCCAGAGCAGAUCGUGGUGGUGGACAGCUCCGUGGUGGAGAGCGAGGUCAUGAAGAGCCUGGGGAAGGAUGGGGGCUUGGAUGACGACGAGGACGAGGAGGAAGACUUGGACGAGGGCUCGGGGGCCAAGCGCCAGGGCGUGGAGGUGAAGGCCCACCAGGCCUCCCACACCAAGUACCUGCUCAUGCGGGGCUACUGCGCGCCCGGCCUCAUCAGCACCCGCAACCUCAACCCCAACGACAGCGUCGUGGUCAACUCCUGCCAGGUCAGGUUCCGGCUCCGCUGCACCCCUGCGGGCACCCGGCUGGCGCCCAGCGGCUUCACAGCGGCUUCCCUGGAGGAGCUGACGGUGGGGACCUCCUGCCUCCCCGACACCUUCACCAGGCUCAUCGAGCCCCUGGGGCGCGCCGGCGGCUGGGAGGCCUUCGCCCACCAGGCGCAGCUGUCGGGGUACAGCCCUGAAGACCUGGCCGCCGCCCUGGAGCUCCAGCAGGCUGUGGCCGCCACCGGCUGCUUUGGGGUGGACAAGGAGAGGCUGAGCAGACAGUACUCGGCCCUGGAGAGGACGACAGGGCUGCGCACCAGGACCUUGGCGGACUACAUCCAGGACCUCCUGGAGCAGCGCCAGGUGCUGGAGGUGGGCGGCAACACCGUCCGCCUGGUGGCCAGGGCCUUGGCCGGGCCCUGGCUUCUGCACUCCGUGCGGCUGAGACACUCAGAGGAGGAGGCCCAGGCCCACGAGGACCAUCAGGCCCGAGCCCCAGAGGGACCCGCCAGCGAGGACAGUGCCCAGGAGGAGCUGGCCGCGCCCUCUUGCAGCCCCCAGGGCACCAAGAGGCGAGCCCGCUGGGCCAGUCAGGGCAGCGACACAGACACCGAGGGUCCCCUGAAGUCUCCUGCAAAGAGGCCCAGGCUCCAGGACGUGCGCCUGGCCGCCAGCCCCAGGCCCGGGGCAGAGGAGGGGGCAGAAGGCCAGGCCCUGGCUUUGCCCCCAGCUCCUGAAGACACGGCUGCCGGGGGCCCUGGGCAGGAGGACCAGGAAAGUGUCGGUGGCCCCAGCGUUCCAGGCCAAGAGCAGCCAAGCUGUCAGGCCCAGCUCCCGGGGGGCUCUGAAGACCCCAGAGGGCUCUCGGAGACCUCCACGGCCAGCAGCCUCUCCCAGGCGCCUCGGGAAAGGAACUGCGAGAACAUCUGCUUCGUGGGCCGCCCGUGGCGCGGCGUGGACGGCCGCCUGAACACCGCCGUGUGCAAGGGCAUGAUGGAGGCCGUGCUGUACCACGUCAUGAGCCGCCCGGGCGCGCCCGAGAGCUGCCUGCUGCAGCACUACCAGGGCGUGCUGCAGCCCGUGGCCGUGCUCGAGCUGCUGCAGGGCCUGGAGUCCCUUGGCUGCAUCCGCAAGCGCCUGCUGAGGAAGCCCAGGGCCGCCGCGCUCUUCUCCAGGCCCGUGGUGGAGGAGGUGGAGGCGCCCGACGAGCACACCACGGCCUUCUACGAGCCCACGCUGGACUGCACCAUCCGCCUGGGCCGCGUGUUCCCCCGGGAGGCCAACUGGAACCGCUGGGCCUCCCUCUAGGGCGCCGCCGCCGCCCACCACCGCCCUCGCCGCCUCGGCCGCAGACCUCGCAGUCCUCGCGGCUCCAGCCAGGCCGGGUCCCCUCCCCAGGACUGGACUUACCAGCUUGGGCCUGGAGUGGACCCCGCAGGCUCGGCGGGCACCUUGCCCCCAGCCCCCAGCCUGCCAUGGCCGGUGACUGCAGGAUAGAGAGGAGGCCCCCGUAGGAUUUGGCUUUGAAUUUUUUCUUUCAACCUCUUUUCUCAUUUAGAAACAAGUCCCCCGGCAUGAAUUUAUUUAUUUUUUAAUUAAAGUGAAGUCAAAUGUG